GAGAUACUGGGAGCUGUAGUCCUGUAGUUGUGCCAGUGUUUACCUGUCUGUAACUUAAAUGACUGUUUGUAAAUUUAAACACUCACCUGAGCUAAAAUGUGGUAAAAAGGGAAUCAUUGUGAUGAAAAGAGGAAACCUUGCACCUAUGAUAAUAUAUAUACAUUGUAAACAUUGUUAAAAUUGUGGCAACUCCUGUUUUGCAUGCAAACAUAGCAGUGCAAUGAUUCACAUGCAGGCUCAGCUUGGUCGGGAUGACAUUGCAGUAAUUCUGAGAAGAAUGUUUUCCUGUUAAACCACAUCAAUGCACAGAAGAUUAAGCAGGAACAGCGUUUUCAGAGAGACAGCAGCCGUUCUUGCAACAGCCAAAACAUUUAGAAAAUCUGCCUUUGCUAAGUCACUCAUUGAAGCCAAGUACAUGAUUACAGAUGGUGGAUGGGUUAGUAAUGAAAAAAGAAGAACAAAAUGUCUAGUUACAGAGACAAAAGCAGUACAAUGUGGAGUUAACAGGAAGUGUGUCAGUGACUCUGCUAUGAAUACCUGGGGUGUUUUUCUUUAACGUGUCUCUAAAGCAGAAAGACCUGUUGGAUCUUCACAGGACUGGCACCUUUAGAUAAUAUGACAGCAUUUAUAUAGCUGAGAGGACUUUAGUUAAUUCCAGGAAAAGAUGAAUGAAGAACUGCCCAGAUUAAAACACUGACUUUUCUGCAGUGUGUGUCACAUGGCCUUGUCUCAUGCAUUCUUUAACCAAAACUCAAGAAUGUUAUGUCCAAGGAAAAAAAAGCAACCCUGUCUUAAAAACUGUACAGCCAUUGCGGUCCCAUCUAUGAAAGGACAUGGAUAUCUGGAUUACACCAUUGAAAACCACACUUCUAAGGCUUUUGAGAAAAUGGAUGAAAUGAGAAGAAAUAACCUACUGUGUGAUGUUCUUUUAAGAGUCAGUUAUAAUGGUAAAGAGGAAGACUUUCAUGUUCAUAAGAUAGUUCUUGCUUCUUGCAGCCCGUUCUUUAGGGCCAUGUUUACCAAUAACUUUCGUGAGUGCCAUGCUCGGGAAGUUACCAUCAAAGACAUUUGCCCAAAAGUAAUGCAGAGGUUAAUAGAGUUUGCAUACACUUCAAGAAUAACCGUUGGGGAAAAAUGUGUUUUGCAUGUACUGUUGGCUGCCAUGAGGUAUCAAAUGGAAGAUGUGGCCAAAGCCUGUAGUGACUUCCUUGUUAAACACUUGGAUGCCAGCAAUGUCAUUGGGAUUUCUAAUUUUGCUGAGCAAAUUGGAUGCCACGAGUUGUACCGAACAGGAAGAGAAUACAUCAAUACGCAUUUUAGUGAGGUCACAAAUGAGGAAGAGUUUCUAAGUUUAAGUCAUUGUGAGCUACUGGACCUGGUCAGCCAAGACAGUCUAAAUGUACUCUGUGAGUCUGAGGUAUACAACGCUUGCUUAAAGUGGAUGCAGUGGGAUCUGAACAACAGGGCACAGUAUUUUCAUGCCUUACUAAAUGCUGUUCAUCUUUAUUCCCUGCCUGCAAAAUUCCUGGAGAUUCAGCUAAAGAAGUGCCCCAUCCUAAGUAAGGAAAACAGAUGCAGAGUCUAUCUGUCUAAGAUUUUUCAGGAAAUGUGCUUGCACAAACCACUCCCUCGGCCAAAACAGAGAGGCAACCAGUUAAUUUAUGUAGCAGGGGGCUAUCUCCAAAACUCUCUGAGUUCCAUGGAUGCAUUUAACCCACAGACUGGAGAAUGGAUAAAGCUAGCUGACAUGCUGGAACCAAGGAGUGGACUAGGGGCCUGCAUUGUCUCCGGGUUGUUUUAUGCAGUGGGAGGGAGAAAUAACUCUUGCCAAGAAAAUACAGAUUCAGACUUACUAAGUUUCUUCAACCCUGUGACCAACCAGUGGGCAUCAAGAGCACCUAUGAAUGUGCCCAGAAACCGGGUUGGAGUAGCUGAGAUAGAUGGUGCCAUUUAUGCUGCUGGAGGAUCCUGUGGAUCUGAACACCACAAGAGUGUUGAAAAGUAUGAUCCAGAUAAUGAUAGAUGGACAUUUGUUGCUCCUAUGCCAACUGCACGUAUUGGUGCUGGAGUGGUUGCAUGUCGGGGCCGUUUGUAUGUAGUUGGUGGAUUUGAUGGAGAUACACGCUGGAACACCGUAGACUGUUAUGAUCCUGAAGAAGACCAGUGGCAACCUGUGGCAUCUAUGGAGACCAUUCGAAGUGGUGCAGGAGUGGUGGCCCUGGAUAACUACCUGUAUGCUGUUGGAGGCUAUGAUGGUACAAAUCAGUUAGACAGUGUAGAGCGGUACAACAUUGAGAGGAAUUACUGGGAGGCCAUGGCACCAAUGAAACACAGACGGAGCGCCCAUGGCUUGACUGUUCACCAGGGAAAGAUAUAUGCCCUCGGUGGAUUUAAUGCCGGAGGUUUCCUCUCAUCUGUUGAGUGCUACUGUCCAGACAGGAAUGAGUGGACAGAAGUGACUGUGAUGCCCACUGGUUGCAGUGGCAUGGGUGUAGCAGUAACCAUGGAACCGUGCCCUCAAUUGUGUGAUAAAAAUGAAGAGAACUGAUCAGCAGAUUGUGCUCUGGUUAUUUCAUUCACAGUCCAGCUGGAAAUGUAUAUUCAACUAAGUUAUUGGCUACCUCAUUCCAUCAUGCUGCAUUUGUGUCUGAGUUUUUUUGAAGAUUUCAUGCCACAGCC